AUGGAUAGAGAGACAAGCGUACUUUUUCGAUCCAUCACCGCCAUUUUCAAGACAUUCGGUCUCCUGCCCUUCACGAUCACAGUGCCCUCAACGUCCAAGAAGGGCAUUGACAUUUCACCCUCCAGAGGUACCGUAGCGUACAAUGUCCUGUUCUUCGCUGCUGUGCUGUACGCCAACUGUUUCGCUGGAAUUCCCAUCAUAAUCCGGCAUGCUAAGAGCAAGCUACAAGACACUCAAGUAAUUCUGGACAUUCUGCACACCAUCAUGGCGAGUGGAAUAUCUCUCAUGACCCUGGCCAUGUUCAACGCCAGGCGCGCGAAAAUGAUGAACAUGACUCGCGACUUUUUGGAAGUCGAUCGAUGUAUCAAGAGGCAUCGACACAUCCAGUCGCUGAAAUUUUCUCCCCGGCCGCUGACGGUGUUUAUCAUUCUGUAUAUCAUAAUGUGGAUAGUCCUAGUCUCGACUGAGUGGCACGAGGACUUCGUGGCAGCGCCGAAAAUGCAGUGGCUCCUCUGGGGUUUCACCUAUCUAGUGCCAGUAGUUAUAAUAACUCUUUGCGUUCUGCAGUAUGGCGUGAUCAUGAAGCUCGUGGCGUUUCGAUUCAAAUUACUGAACCACACGAUUCGCAAAUCCACUGAUACAAUCGCCCAUUGUUUGAAUCAGAAUGAAACUUUUAUACUUCCCGAAAGUGCAGGCGAUCGUGUAAUAGUCCAUAAAUUUCGAUCCAUCAAAAGUGCUCACGAAUCGCUCUACGACUUCACGAUAGCUGUCUCCCAUUUUUACUCGUUCCUGAUACUACCGAUAAUAGGGUUUUUCUGCGGGACUUUCAUCUUCCUGUCCUUUGACUUCAUGAUGAACGCUAUGUCGUCGAAGAAUGAGGGGAAUACGAUAAGUAAUUAUGUCGCUUGGAUCUUGAUAGUAAUCACCCCCAUGGUCAUCCUGCUUUCAAAUAUCGAGGCGGCUACUGAGGAGUACGAGAGGACUCCCAUCGAACUUUAUAAAUUGGCGUCCAGGUUCGAGAGCUGUCGAGAACUCGCAACUGAGGUGGAAUUAUUCUCGCACGAUUUUCUUCACAAGAAGAUGAAGUUGUCAGCACUCGGAUGUUUUCCAUUAGACUACACUGUGUUCCAUUCGAUUCUCUCCGCAACACUCACAUAUCUGAUCAUCAUCUUCCAAUUCCAGGAAUCAAGAAGGAUGGCUUCCAAAAAACCGGCAAAUCUAACAAGUACUUGA